CGAUGGCAUGCAUUGGGUCUAUAGGCCACCGAACCGUUGCUGUCGCGACAGCAACCAACCGGUCAAUCAAUCAAUUACAUACCUCCAUCCGUCCGUGUCAUCACACCACCGACGUGCACGCACAGGCAGAAGCAAUCGAUACAUAUAAACACCACCCGCCCCACCCUCAGCAAGUCCCUCCCUCUACACACAUGAUGGUGCGCAGCGCACUGCAGUCACUGCACAAACAGCCGGGCUGCCCUGGCUGGCCUAUGGCGAGUCCUCGUCGGCAUCCUCGUCCUCAUCUUUCUCUGGUGGUGGCCUGGUGCAGCUGCAGAGGCCCCGCCGUUGCUUGGGCGGCUGCUGCUUGUUCUUUUUGUCCUGUUUCUUCUUCCGCCGACGCUCCUGCUCCUCGCGACGCUCCCUCUCUCGGUCCUCAGCCUGCACCAAGGAGAUGGGAUGCUUUGGUUUGGUGUGGUGUGGUGUGGUGUGUUGUAUUCUGUUGUCCGCGGGUGGUUUGGUGGAUAGGCACCUGUUUUUGCAUUUCUUGUCGCAUCAUUUCAACCUGCUGCGCGAGCACCUGCACUGUCGCCUCGGUCUGCUGCCGCUCCUGACUGCACUCAUUUACCACAGGGAACCAUACCCAGAGAGGAGGGGGUCGUUGUCCAUGCCACACGUGGAUGGAUGUGUGGGUGUGAUUCGGGGCUUCACUUACGCUUGUGCCUCGAUCUUCUGCUGCAGCUCCGCCUCAACCCGUUCCUUCUCUUGUGUCUGUUUCUCGAGCUGCUGGAUGUACUCAUCCACCUUGCCCUGCCUCUCGGCCGCCGCCGUCUCGGCCUCCCUCAGCCUCUCCUGCUGACGACGGUAGUCCGCGUCAGCUGCCGCACGCGCCUCUGCCUCGGCACGCUCUCGCUGAUCAUAGCCCACACACACACACAUACACAUACAUGCCGCAAGGUGGUUGCGAUGCACGUCUGCGGGCAUACCUACCUCUUUUUGCAGAAUUUCCUCUCUCUCCUUCUCCCGCUGCGCGUCCUCCAGGCACCGCUGAGCCCCCCUGACGACCCGCUCGAGGUACUCGCGCAGGGCCUCGUCCAACACCUGCUGGGGUCCCUUGGCAAUGCCCGCAUACCUGAGGACGGCGCAAGACAACGACAACAACGGCAAAUGGAUGAGUGGAUGAGUGGAUGGAUGGAUGGACGGAUGGCACUCGGUGGAUGGGAGGGGUUACUUACCUUCUCUUGGCUUCGUCGAUUUGGUGCGAUAGGUCCUCCAUGGACGAGAACUGCUUGCUACUGACGGUCUGCCACACCUGCUGGAAACUCGCCUCAAGCCACUCAUGCACCUGACGACGCGCACCGUCCUGACCACACAAACACACGCGAAUGAUGUGUGUCAUCACCUAGAUCGCGGUGCAUCGUCACCUCGUUAGCGGCGUUGGUCCGCCUGAGAGCGUGCUGAAUGGUCUGGUCCAGCUCAUUGGCGUAGGAGGCCACCACAUGGUCCUCGCCCAGCGCGUCACGCUUGAAGGUCUCCUGCACCUCGGCCCUCAGACGCGACACGAUGGCCUCGAUCUCGCUCUCGGGCAUCGGCGUGCGGCCCUGCACAGCCUCAUCCAGUCGCUGCACAAACUGCUGGCCCAGACGCUCACACAACUUGGAACACUCCUGGUGGCAAGGCAAGGGACACAGCAGUGGGUGGUGUGUUUGUGUGUCUUUUGUGUUGCGUACGUCGUGUUGGAUGGCGUUCCAGGUAGAGACGACGGGGGGGAUGCCGCCGGCGUUGAUGGCCUCUACGUAGGCCUUCAGCAGGCGCGCAAACGACUUGCCUGACCACACACGGAGACACAAGUGCGGUUGCCGUAUGUGUGUCGGUACCAUUGAGGGGCAGCCCCUGGACGGCCUUCUUGUGCGUCUCGGUGAACACCUUCUGCCGAAUCGCCGUCACCUGCUGACGAAACUGGCACACACAUGGAUGGACACAUAGACACACUCGAUGAAUGGGCGGAUGGGUGGCUGGCCCGAUGACGUGUGGUCAGUGACGAGGUACCUCAGGUCUGAGUUGGGAGAACGGGAUCUUGUGCAGGUUCUGCAGCUGGUCUUCCUCUAUCAGCGGCUGCACCAGCGUCAUGCAGUCGCGCUCACGGAAAAAGUCAACCAGACACUCACGGACCUUCCUGCACACACAAUGACAUCACACGCUGCCCGAUGCAUCUCUCCUACCCCCUCUGUGUCGUCACCCUCACCGUGUGUCUUCUCGUUUGAACGCGGCGAAUGUCUUGUCAGCGAGUGCCAUUUCUAGGUACUGAGUGGCGCUGAUGGGGUUGUCCUGCUGGUCGCGCAGCUCGAGGAUGAAGUCGCGGAGGACCCAUAGGAAGAUGGGAGGCGUCCACAUGGGCCCGCCGCCACCCAGCCCCGCCCCGCCCUUGUCGCCCAUCUGCUUGCGAAGGUGCUGCACCAGCUGAGUUAUCUGGCAGAGAGCAGAAAGGGAAAUCGGUGCUGAUGGGUGUGGUUGUCUUCUGACCAUUGAGAGCCCCUGGAUGGCCUGUUCGUCGAUGAUGCCCUUGCUGUUGUAGAUGAAGUAGGUCGACACCAACACAGCCUUCACGCAGAAAGGACGAUCAGAGAGCUGCAUGUAUAGUGUGCUGACGUUGGUUGCUGGCUCACCAGUGAGAAGAGCCUCGCGUCGUGCUGCUUGUCCUUCCGAGUGUCGCUGAAGGAACAAUACCCACAUUCAUCCAUCCAUCCACUAAUCUGUUCUCCAUGCAGAUUCUGGCUGUCUGCAGUGUAGUGUGUGUGUGUGUGUGGUGGUCAUUUACCCGGUGCCCUCGCAGUCGAGUAGUAUGUAUACGCAGUCCUCAUCCUCCAAGGCACCCCACAUCCAUAUUCCCUGCACACCACACGUACAGCGGCAUUCCAUUCUGGUGGCGCAUCCAUGAUGUUUUGAUUGUGUUGUGGUGCCAUUGGGUGGGCUCACGUACGUCGGUGCAGGCGUGGACGGUGUCGCCAACUCUGAAGGCACUCCCGCUCUCACCCACACUGACACACACACACAGGCAGCUGGGUCUGACUGUCCCUUGUUUGGUCGAUAUAUCGUCUUCAGUUCACUCACGUGUCCAUGAAGAGGUUGAGCAGGUAGCUCUUGCCCGUCCUAUAGAGGCCGCACACACUGAUGAUGCCAACCUUCUUGCCCCCCAAUCCCUCCAAAUGACGCAGCGCCUCCUCCCCUAUAAUACAGCCCACACCGCGCACACAAGUGGCAAGCUCCACCUCGUGUGUAUCUUCGUUGUCGCCCUCUCAGACGUACGUACCGAUUUCGAAGACCUCCUUGCUCCCCCGCUUCACCACGUCAAUCAGCCGGAGAGGCUGCCUUUGCUGAUCCAACCAGAUAGACAGACAGACACCAAGAUGGUUGGUUCGGUUCUAGUGCUGUGCGGCUUACCGUCUUGGUGUUCUUCGGCGGCCGCCAUGAGCUACCUCCGCGCUGAGGAAUGGACACACUGACCGCACCACUGGCACCACUAUAUGCAGCACCUGCACACACACACACACACAACAGUGCAUCCCGUCACGUCAAGCAAGCUUGACUGACUGGCUGCCCCUCUUCCCUUUUUCUCACCUCCAGAAUAUGCAGCUUGUGUGUAUGGGCUCGCAGUGGUCUGUGUGUUGGCAGUAGCACCAUAGGCAUACCCUCCCGUCGUCGUGCGUGAGUAUGCUUGCGGCAUCUGCGAUGGCGGGUCGAGUGUGGUUCUGGUGGCCACGGGGGCGGCCUCUGACGCCCCGAAUCCCCAUCCCCUGAACCAGCUGGAGGGGCUGAACGCCAUCGGGUCACUCAGCCCUCACGGAAAUGGAACAGCAGCAUCGCCUGGGGCACGAGCUUCAAGGGAGAUCAAGGUCACUGUCUGCCAGUGGUUUCUUGUUGUUAUGCUGAGAACGUAACCAAACACGUUUCUCUAUGCGCAGCUUCGUCGCCUUUCC